UGAUAUCCGUGGGACCAAUUUUCCAAGUUAAAUUAAGCACUUCAAUUUUUCUUUAGGACCCUACAUUUGCAUACUGUGUAAUUCAUUUCUGGCUAUCAUGCAUUGACAUGCCAAAUUUAUUGGAUUCCCAUAUUCUACAGUCUUUUAUCAAGAGGAUCUUGAGCUAUUAAAUCAUGCCUCAACAAUGACCUUGGGUCUCAGAGAUAAAAUGGCGGCCAUUAGUACUCAAGCAGGUCUUCUAGUGUUGCUUCUGUGUUUAACAGCUUCAUGCACAGGUAGCCUCUGUUCUAGAGCUCCUCCUUCUCCUUCUUUGGGUUUUCAUGGAAGAAGGAUUUUCAGCAGUAACAGAGUGAGGUCAAAUUCUAUAGAAGAUAGCAAGGUAGUUUCUGAUGAGAAGCAUCCUCUGCUGGAAUAUGAGACUCGCUAUUUUUCUCAGAUUGUAGAUCACUUCACAUACAGACCAGAAGGAUAUAAAGUUUUCCAGCAGAGAUAUCUUAUCAAUGACAAGCAUUGGGGUGGGGCAAAGAAGAAAGCUCCCAUCUUUGUUUAUACUGGUAACGAGGGUACCAUCGAAUGGUUUGCAAAUAAUACUGGAAUUUUGUUUGAGAUUGCACCAAAGUUUGGAGCUCUUCUUGUGUUUAUUGAGCACCGGUUCUAUGGAAAUUCAAUGCCAUUUGGAAACAGGAGUGACUCUUACAAGAGCGCUGAGACAUUGGGAUAUCUCAACUCUCAGCAAGCCUUAGCUGAUUAUGCUACUUUUAUCAUAGAAUUAAAGAAAAAUCUAUCAGCUGAGGCCUCGCCUGUUGUUGUAUUUGGUGGCUCCUAUGGUGGAAUGUUAGCAGCUUGGUUCCGUUUGAAAUAUCCCCACCUAGCCAUUGGGGCUGUGGCAUCAUCUGCUCCUAUCUUGCAUUUUGAUAAUAUUGUGCCAGAAAACACUUUUUAUGACAUUGUUUCAAACGAUUUCAAGCAAGCCAGCCAGAGCUGCUUCAAUGUGAUCAGAAAUUCAUGGAAUGAUCUUCAAUCUCUGUCCAGAGAAGAAGGGGGUCUUCAAAAGAUUAGCAGAACUUUCAGAACUUGCAAAGAUCUCAAAAGUGUAGAUCCUGUAAGAGACUGGCUAGAUGAGGCAUUUACUUACACUGCAAUGACCAAUUACCCAACGGAGACUAACUUUUUGAUGCCACUACCUGCUUACCCUGUAACAGCGAUGUGUAAAAUUAUAGACAGCUUUCCUCAAGGCACAGACACACUUUCCAGAGUAUCUGCUGCUGCAAGCAUAUAUUAUAAUUAUUCAAAUACUGAAACUUGCUUUGAAAUGGAGCAUGACAGUGAUCCCCAUGGUCUCAGUGGAUGGGGUUGGCAGGUUAAAAGUUUUAAAAUCUUUAUGCCUAUAGCAGUUAUUUCCUUGUUGCUUUUCUGUGAUCCCCAUGGUCUCAGUGGAUGGGGUUGGCAGGCCUGUACAGAAAUGGUGAUGCCAAUGAACUCUUCAGUCAAUGGAAUGUUUCCACCUUCCAGUUUUGACUACCCUUCAUAUGAAAAUGAUUGCCAAAAACAGUAUGGGGUGAAGCCAAGGCCACACUGGAUAACCACAGAAUUUGGUGGUCAUGAUAUAAGCUCUGUCCUCAAAAACUUUGCAAGCAACAUCAUCUUUUCCAAUGGCUUGGUUGAUCCAUGGAGUGGUGGAGGAGUACUAAAGAACAUAUCAGAGAGCCUUGUUGCACUCGUCACUGAAAAAGGUGCCCAUCAUGUUGAUUUUCGUUUUUCAACCAGUAAAGAUCCAGAUUGGUUGGUUGAACUGCGAAGACAAGAGGUCCAAUUGAUCAGAGAAUGGCUGCAACAAUAUUAUAAAUAAUGAUAACCUGCAACAAAAUAUGGAGCCCCCUUUAACAAGCCAUCUAAAAUCAUUUAGAGUUCACAUGGUGCCCGGCCAUUGUUUUUUAUUUUAAAUUACAGAGAUGCCAACAAGUACUGGGAAGCCAUAAUUGCUUGUAAUUGUAUUUACAUCUUCUAGAUUAAAUUGUGUUAAGCUUUUUUGUGUUAA